AUGAAUAUUUUAAUUUCUAUCCUCUUUUUUGUUCUUUUUAAAGGUUUGAAUGGUGCUUCUCCUCCUUUCGGACAACUUUCUGUAAAAGGUAAUAAAGUCUAUGGAUCUAAUAAUCAGCCUGUAGUGUUGGCGGGAAUGUCCCUCUUUUGGUCUCAAUGGAGUGAAGGCUCUGUCUUCUAUACAGCAAAUACUGUUCAGUCAUUAAAGUGUAAUUGGAAUGCUAAUGUUGUUAGAGCAGCUAUGGGAGUAGAAAAUGGCGGUUAUUUAACGAAUCCAAGUGCUGAACAAGCUAAAGUUGAGACUGUGAUAAAAGCUGCUAUAGCUCAAGGAAUUUAUGUAAUUGUUGACUGGCAUGACCAUAAUGCCCAAAAUCAUGUUGAUCAGGCGAUCAAUUUCUUCACUUACAUUGCUAAAACAUACGGAUCAAAUCCAAACAUUAUUUACGAGACUUUCAAUGAACCUUUACAAAUUGAUUGGAGUAUUGUUAAAAGCUAUCACGAAAAAGUCGUUGCCGCCAUACGCAGAUAUGACAAAAAAAAUUUAAUAGUACUCGGAACAACAACAUGGUCUCAGGAUGUAGAUAUUGCUGCAGCAAAUCCAGUUAGUGGAUCUAACCUUUGCUACACUCUUCACUAUUACGCGGCUUCCCACAAACAAUCUCUUCGUGACAAAGCCCAAACAGCCUUGAACAAGGCAAUAAUCUUUUGCAUUUUCGUAACAGAAUACGGCACUGUUGAUGCCAGUGGUGGAGGCAGUAUAGAUGAUACCUCUUCAAACGAAUGGUGGUCUUUCUUAGAUUCAAACAAAAUUUCUUAUGCCAAUUGGGCAAUAGAUAAUAAAGCUGAGGCAGCAGCUUCCCUCACCCCCGGAACAACUCCAUCACAGGUUGGGGAUGAUUCUCGGUUGACAGCUUCGGGCAAAUUGGUGAAAAACAAACUUAAAUCUAUGAAAAAUGGUAUUUAA